AUGCGGCAGCCAGCGCAGAGGAUCAGCUUGCGAAGAAACUUGUACGCUACGCUCUGGCUUGCGAGUUUUCUCGGACGCCAAUUCGUCGAGACGGAAUCAAAGAGCGAGGGUAGAGCCUUCAGGAAAGUUUUCGAUCUGGCACAGCAGCAGCUCCGUACCGUCUGGGGCAUGGAGCUGCAGGAACUCGCAGUCAGGGAAAAGUUUACAAUGGCAGAGAAGCGCCAAGCAUUAAAGUCAGGCUCCCAAGCAAAAACAAGCUCCGGCGUCUUCGUCCUUUCCACGACACUCCCUACCCGCUACCGCGCCCCGACUAUAAUUGCCCCCUCGAAAGCACCGAGCAUUGAAGCUGAAGCAUCGUACAUGGGUUUCUACACUAUGAUUAUAACCAUCAUCCUCGCUAGUGGUGGCGAGCUGUCCGAACAGAAGCUACGGCGGUACCUCAAUCGCCUCAACGCCGAGGCCAACGUCGCAUUAGAGAGGACAGAAGACGUGUUGAAGCGCAUGCAGGCACAGGGCUAUGUUGUGCGAAAGGUGCAGAAGAACGCGGCAACGCAGGCCCAGGAUGGCAGCGAGGACAUCACGUGGCUCGUCGGCCCGCGCGGGCUCGAGGAGGUUGGCAUCGAUGGGGCAGCAGGCCUGGUACGUGCUGUAUAUGGUGACCAGGCCGAUGCAGAUCUGGAGAAGAAGAUCGGGGCGACUUUCGGGAUUCAACCAGUCGAAGAUGCCGAUGGCGACGUGGAUAUGUCGCAGGCUCCGGAGGCGGGUCCGUCGCACUGA